GUUUCUGUGCGGGUGUCAGCACCCGGCUCCUUCACCUGCACUGCUUGCGGCUCCCCUAAGAGAGCUGCGGGGUGCAGCAGGGCUCGCCUGGCUGUGAGUAGGGGUUUUGGGACUAAAUGUUGUUUUUUUGGGGGGUGAUAAAUGAAUAAACAGCGCGGUGCGGGUCGAAACUCAAGUCGGACCUACAGCCCUGGCCGGGCACGGGAGGCUGAGGGUGGAUUUGGGAGCGAAAGGUCUGUUCGGAAGAGGAAAGUGCGAAGCCAAUCAGUGGCAGAGAUUAAUGUUAUCGCCGCGGGGAUAAAUGUUAUCGGGAAGCAAAUUAAUGCCAUUAAGCCUUUAAGCCGCCGGCAGGACGCAGGAGAGGUCCGCACUCCGAGGGCAGGUUACAUCCAAGCCUGCAGAGGACUGAUGAUCUCCGCCGUCUGCCUGGGGUUCUUCGGUUCCGUGUUUGGGCUGAUUGGGAUGAAGUGUACAAAAGUCGGCGGUUCUGAUCAGACCAAAGCGAAAAUAGCUUGUUUAGCUGGACUGAUUUUCAUACUGUCUGGGCUGUGCUCUAUGACUGGUUGUUCCCUGUAUGCAAACAGGAUUACGUCUGAGUUCUUUGAUCCUUCUUAUAUUGCACAAAAGUAUGAAUUAGGAGCAGCUUUAUUCAUUGGAUGGGCUGGAGCUUCACUCUGCAUAAUUGGUGGCAGUAUAUUCUGCUUCUCAAUAGCUGAAAACAGUAAAUCUCCAAGGAGGGGGUACGCGUAUAACGGAGCCGCAUCUGUGAUGUCUUCUCGCACAAAGGUUCACAGCAGCGUCCCAGACAAAACCCCACCAAAGCACUUUGACAAGAACGCCUACGUGUAAUUGUCCCGUUCCAAGACCCCAAAAGCCAGUUUGGAAAAUGAGUUUGUGUGUUUCAUUCCGGGUGAUUUCUCCCCAACAAAACACAAUGGAAUAACCACUAAGAGGAUGAAUUUUUAAGAUACUAACUCGCAGCUUUUUACGUAUUGAUGUAAAUUUUAUUAUUCGAUAUUUUAAAGAUUGAUGUUGGUGUUGUAAAGUUUAUACCUGCAAAUCAUGCAUCGAUGCUGCUUUCUAAAAAAAAAUAAAAAAUAAAAAAUGAAUAGGGUAUUUA